UAUUUACAUAUUGGUUGCUAAUGUCCAAGAUGAACCGAAAGAGACAGAAAAUUUGCCUCAGAGCUACAACUAAAGGUCAAAGUUCAAGUAAUGAACAGGGGUUUCUAAAUUUCCAUUGGAUCUUCAUGUACCCUACCUGCGAGUCUGCAACCUUAUCUGAAUUUUAUGGGUGGAUACUAUGAAUUUUCAUUCAGUUUGAAGCACGUAUAUAUGAUUUUCAUUACUGACAGUGACCCAGCUGACUAAGACUAAAACCUACAAGAAUUGUCUAGCCAAGGUGCACCAUUCUUUUUUCUUGGACCAAUGAGGUGAUAUACUCGAGUAAAGUCACUAGAAGACGAUGAUCUAAGACAGCAGUACUUGUUAAAGAAAUCUGCUAAAUUUCUAGCCCAUGAGAAGAAAAUUUCCAUGGAUAUUAAAUUCAUAGCUCCUCUUCCUCCCACCAGUUACAACUUGAGAGGUUCAGUUUCAGUUCAGUCUUUGUAGUUUAGCUCUCUUAACAUGGCACCUACACUGCCUUGUAAUCACCCUCUCUGCUAUUUGCUUCUGCUUCUGCUUCUUCUGCUGAAACCUGUUUCAAGCUAUGCUCAAACUUCUGGGAAGUUUAGCUUGGGCUCUUCCCUUACUGCUCAGAAGAACGAUUCCUUUUGGGCAUCCCCAUCUGGUGAUUUCGCUUUUGGGUUCCAACAGAUUGGAAAUGGAGGUUUCCUACUAGCUAUUUGGUUCAACAAAGUACCUGAAAAGACCAUAAUUUGGUCAGCCAACAGCGAUAAUCCAAAGCCAAGAGGAUCCAAAGUUGAACUCACCACUGAUGGAGAGUUCAUUCUCAAUGACCAGAAAGGCAAGCAGAUGUGGAAGGCUGAUCUGAUCGGUCCUGGAGUCGCGUAUGCAGCCAUGCUUGACACUGGAAACUUUGUGCUUGCAAGCCAGAAUUCCACCUAUUUGUGGGAGAGUUUCAAUCAUCCAACAGACACUAUAUUGCCCACCCAGAUACUGGAGCAAGGCAGCAAGCUUGUUGCUCGUUACUCAGAAACGAAUUACUCAAGGGGAAGAUUCAUGUUUUCGCUGCAGACUGAUGGGAAUCUAGUGCUUUACACCACUGAUUUCCCAAUGGAUUCUGCAAAUUUUGCUUACUGGGAAAGUGACACUGUAGGCAGUGGCUUUCUGGUGAUAUUCAACCAGUCGGGUAACAUCUACCUUAUAGGGAGGAAUGGAAGCAUACUCAAUGAAGUGCUGCCAAAUAAGGCUUCAACUCCAGACUUCUACCAGAGAGGGAUUCUUGAAUAUGAUGGGGUUUUCAGGCAAUAUGUCUACCCAAAAACUGCCGGCUCAAGGGCUGGUGGGUGGUCCAGUUUGUCUUCUUUCAUACCUGAAAACAUCUGCACAGCAAUUACAGCAGGGACAGGCAGUGGAGCUUGCGGGUUCAACAGCUACUGUACUCUGGGAGAUGAUCAGAGGCCUUAUUGCCAAUGCCCACCUGGUUACACCUUCUUGGAUCCGCAUGAUCAAGUGAAGGGGUGCAGACAGAACUUUUUUCCAGAAAUUUGCAGUGAAGGAUCACAUGAAACAGGUGAGUUUGAUUUUGUGAGGAUGACAAACGUGGAUUGGCCAUUGUCAGAUUAUGACCGAUUUCAGCUAUUUACUGAGGAUGAGUGCAGAAAAGCUUGCUUGGAUGAUUGCUUUUGUGCUGUUGCCAUUGUUAGAGAGGGGGAUUGUUGGAAGAAGAAAUUCCCUCUGUCAAAUGGGAGGUUUGAUUCUAGUAACGGGCGAAUAGCACUGAUUAAAGUAAGAAAGGAUAAUUCUACUUUCCCACUUGGAAGUGAAGGUAAAGAUCAGGCUACUCUAAUCCUCACUGGAUCAGUGCUGCUAGGUAGCUCAGUGCUUCUCAACAUUCUUCUCCUCCUAGCAACUGCCAUGUUCAUCUACCGCUUGAAUCAGAGAAAGCCGAUGAUUGAUGAAUCACGCCUGGUCAUGCUGGGAACAAAUCUAAAACGAUUCGCUUAUGAUGAGCUAGAAGAGGCCACUGAUGGAUUCAAGGAUGAACUGGGAACUGGGGCUUUUGCAACAGUUUACAAAGGUACUCUAGCCCAUGAUAAUGGAAAUCUUGUUGCAGUCAAGAAGCUGGACAGAGCAGUGGGAGAAGGAGACAAGCAGGAAUUUGAAAAAAUAGUGGGUGCAAUUGGCCGGACAAUUCACAAAAAUCUAGUCCAACUUCUGGGAUUCUGCAAUAAGGGGCAACACCGGCUUCUUGUGUAUGAGUUCAUGAGCAAUGGCUCUUUAGCAACCUUCCUAUUUGGCAAUUCAAGACCAAGUUGGUAUAAAAGAAUGGAGAUUAUCCUAGGAACUGCAAGAGGGCUCUUGUACUUGCAUGAAGAGUGCAGCAUCCAGGCUAUUCACGGUGAUAUUAAUCCUCAGAAUAUACUCCUUGAUGACUCUUUAACAGCAAGGAUUUCUGAUUUUGGAUUAGCUAAGCUUCUGAAGAUGGAUCAGACUGGAACUACGACUGGAGUGAUGGGGACCAAAGGGUAUGCUGCCCCUGAGUGGUUCAAGAAGGUGCCUAUUACAUUCAAGGUUGAUGUCUACAGCUUUGGAAUUGUGCUGCUAGAGCUAAUCUUCUGCAGGAAGAAUUUCGAGCCAGAGGUGGAGGAUGAAAAGCAGAUGGUAUUGGGAGAAUGGGCAUAUGAUUGCUACAAAGAAGGGAAAUUAGAUCUAUUAGUGGGAAAUGAUCAGGAGGCAUUGGAUGACAUAAAGAGGCUGGAGAAGUUUGUCAUGGUAGCAUUCUGGUGCACUCAGGAGGAUCCAUCUCAGAGACCGACAAUGAAGACAGUCAUGAAGAUGCUGGAAGGUGCCACUGAAGUUCCUGUCCUCCAGACCCACCCUCAUUGACCAGCUCAGCUUGAUGCUUUCCAAAUAGACAUAUAAUAUUGGUUGAUAAUGAAUAAGGUGUAUUAGAUUGCUGGUGUUGUACUUUUGGUGUGUAGAAAGAAAUAAUGUGGAGAUGUUUUGCCUAAGUGUAUUAAGUAAUCAAUCUAGGGUUAUUAUUCCCUUUGGAUUGGUAAA